AUCCCUACGUUCUUUUUUCUGACACAAGUAUUUGGGAUGCGUGACUAUGGUAGCCCAUAUCGUAAUGUCGAAAAGGGUCUUCUGCUCCUGUUGAUGCUUGUGAAGAUGAACAUUGCAUCGCACAUACACAAGCUGGACGCUAUUGCUAUUGACGGCAGUUACAGUGGAUUCGUUAGACAAAUUGUCGAGUCAUCAGAUCCACUGUCCUACGAGAACUUCUCUUAUCCUGUGCACAAUACCAGAGGGAUGGCCAUGGCAGACCAAGAGCUACAUUACAAUAAAGUGUUUGGUGGAUUUCGGUCAAGCAUCGAAGGGUGCUUUGGAGACAUGCAAUCCACCUUCUCCAAGUUCACACACGACGCUCCCAUCCAUCCAUAA